AUGACGCCAAAGCGAAGCCUCUCUCCAGCCGACGAGGAGCAACCCGAUCCAAAACGGCCCCGGGUUCACGAUGAACAUCACGAAGACACAAACACCGAUGAGACGGGGCCACGAGCAAUCGGAUCCGUGAUACCGAACCCGCACUACCAGGCCCGAGCUGGGCUCCAACGCUCGAUCGCCAUGGUUCUCAAGCAUGACGGCUUUGACUCAGCAAGCCCUGAGGCGCUGGAGAGCUUCACCGCAAUGGUGGAGACAUAUCUCGAGGGCAUGAUCGAUGCUGCCAAAAGUCUCGCCCUGGCUGCACGUCGCGAACACCCCAUCGCAACCGACUUCGAACACGCGCUACGACGGCACAAUAUCAGUAUUUCAUCAUUAAAGCCUCACCUGAGGCCGCCGAUCCCCAAAAAGCAAAUCGUUCCCAGCUUUGCCGAUGUGCUCCCUGAAGACCAAGACGCCUAUGCCACACUACCGCUCCUAGGCGAAGAAUUGAGCGGACAGCCGGACAAAGACGAGAAAGAUUACGUUCCAUCCUCGUUCCCAGAUUUCCCCAGCAAACACACAUACAAGUUUACGCCACAGGAAGAUUCCAACAUUCGCGACCCUAAGAGAAUCCGGGAAGACGCCGCAAGGACAGCUCAGCAGGGUGAAGAUGCACUCCGCCGCCUGGUACGAGCAUCCAAAAUGCGAAAACAAAAAGAAGUCAAGCUGCUGGUUGAGCGCGAUGUUCAUGGGAAGGAGCGGUUCCGUCUAUGGGAAUCAACAAUGAAACGGUUCAUGGCCGCGGAAGGUCAGGGGGAGCAUACUGAUCAGAUGGAGAUUGCGGACCACAGCAUGAUUGUCAACGGCGAGGCCCUUUUCUCUCGCAAAGAAGUUCCCAGAGCAGGGAAACGGUCGACUGCCUUGGCAAGCAAGAAGGCGUUGUAA